GGCGUCCGCGGCUUGGUCUACCGGCCGCCGCGGCGCGCCCGCGGCGCGCCCCUGGCUCCAACGCAAGCCCGCCGGUCGUGCGCCCACGGGCCCCGCGCGCGGCCGCUCACACACGAAUUUUUUGACAUGAUGGUUAACCGCCCUCCGUUUUCGCAGGCGACCAUGAUCCUGAGGCGACUCGCCAUGCUGGCGGCCUUCGCGCCGCUCGCCGAGGCGAAGACGCCGUACUACAUGUACGCGCCGACGCCGAAGCCCACGCCGAAGCCGACGCCGUCGCCCACGACGGGUCCCACGAUCGGCCCGACGGCGACGCCGACGCCCGAGCCGACGCCGAAGCCCACGACGCCCACGCCCACGAUGACGCCCACGGCGACGCCGACGAGCGACCCGACGUUGAAACCCUCACCCGUCCCGACGUCUAUGCCCACGUCGGAGCCGACCGGCGAGCCGACCGUCGUACCCAGUUACUCCCCCACGUCGACGCCCACGACGACGCCCACGACCGAGCCGACGCUCACACCGUCCUACGUACCGACGGCCGUGCCGUCGCCGUCGCCGUCGAAGCCGCCGACCCUGGAAUCGCAGCACACGUACGCGCCGUCGCCGUCGCCCUCCGAGAUGCCCUCGGGGACGCCGACGGCCGUGCCGAGUUACGUGCCGACUGGCGCGCCGACGUUAUCGCCGUCGGGGGCGCCUUCGUCGGCGCCGAGCUACGCGCCGACGUCGCCGCCCUCGGAACAACCCUCGGCGGUGCCCGUCGGGUCGCCCACGUACACUCCCACGAGCGUGCCGACGCUGCCGCCGAACUCCAAACAAACGCCGAUGCCGAGCUACCGGCCGACGCCGAAACCCGUCAGCUACGGCCAGGACGGGAACACGUACACGCCGACGUCGGCGCCGACGUUCGUGCCGACGAAGGUCCCGAUCUCUCGGCCAACCUACGUCCCGACGCCCGCGCCGAUCACUCCCAGCUACAAGCCGACGGCGGCACCGCCUUCAUAAAGUCGCCAGCGCCGUUGCGUCGUCGACGACAUCCCGCCCCAGCCCGUCCCGCCCCAUCCCUCCCCCUGUACCCCCCCCCGCCCCCGUCAACGUCGAC